UUUGCCUUUCAGUUGGCAGCCGUUUUGGUCUUCUGUACACCUGUCCUGCAGCACCAUAUACUGUGUCCACACACAGGGUCCAUCUACAGCAGCAUCAUGGAGGAUAUUGAGCACAGUAUUGCCGAGUCCGGUUUUCUGACCAAUUCCUAUCCGCCAACUCUGGAUGGAACUUUUGAAACUCUUUACAGCAGCAAGGAGCAGCUGCGGAUCUUCUUGGAGUCGAAGCCCAGCAGGAAAAGAUUACACUCCUCAUCUGUGCGUGAUUUGGACAAUGAGCCCCAAUUAACUUGCCAUUCACAGAUGCAUUAUCCCAGUGCUCCAAAUAUCCAAGAUUUUUAUAGAAGUAAUGAUCAGAACCAGGGCGAGAUCGAUGAGGCUGACAAGGAGCAAGAGACACCACUAGACCAACAAUCUACAGGAGACCAUGUAGAGAAGAAGAAGUCGUUUUGGCAAACAUCGGUGAAGAUCCCACGGUGGCUGAUUGCUUGUUCCUGUGUGUUCGUCCUCCUCAUCAUCACAGCCGUAUUGCUGGGUUUUCUAUUAUCCCGGGGUGCAGUGAAGGAUGUCAGCCCCUGUGGACCCCCAUGUGAAGAGUCGUGGAUUUGGGUUGGAGCUCGCUGUUACUUCUUCUCAAAUGAUUAUAAGUCCUGGAAUGACAGCCUGGAGUUCUGCAAUACACAUGGCUCUGCACUGGCCGUGCUCAUCAAUCCGGAGAUACAGAAAAACAUAAAACGUUAUCGGGAAACUGUUAAUUACUGGAUUGGGCUCAGCAUGAACCAGGACGGGCGGUGGAUGUGGACUAAUGGUUCCCCGUAUAAUGGCAGUGUAGAUAAUCAGAACAUCAGCGACCUGAGAUGCGCUUACCUGAACUCCCACCUGGGCGCGCUAGACUGCUCUACGCGACGUCAAUGGAUUUGUGUUAAGGACUCCGCCAGGUAGCAGCCGAUUCCAUAUUGGAAGCCCAGAACCUGGGAGAAGUUGACGACAUUACCAUGAGAUGUCAGAGGUCUUAUUGCGGAGGCACUGGGCUACUUGAAUGGGGGUUUUUAACCAUCUCAAUGACAAAUCAUAAGUCUGUGCUGGAUUUCUGCACAAUGCUGGUGGUAAUGAUAGUAGUGAUCCUGAUGGAAGUAGUGGUACUGAUGCUGAUAGGGGCAUAGUGAUGGUGAUAUUGCUGUUGAUGUUCGUUUAUCACAAUGCUGCUCCUUGCACUGAUCACUUCCCUGUAGCUGACAGGUGGACAUUAGGGCUCUAGUGGGGUGUAGGUUUCUGGUUCUGUAGCUGGAUUCUAUAUUACGGGUUGGUUCUUUCCCAGGGUCAGUGACUGGGUCGCUGUUAACGCCCUGAAUGUCAGUGUGAUAGGUACAUAAGCAAUGAUGUACGGAGGUCCAGAGGGAUAUGGUGAGAAAUAGGUACUCUAGAUACCACCAGCGUAGCUAAAAACCAAGAUGUGAACAAAGCCUAAAUGUUAGGCAACAACUCUUGUAAAUAUGAAUUUAUUUUUAGGACUUUUUUGAUCUGAUUGAAACAAAAUGUUAUUUAAAUUUGAAAAAUGAUUUAUAUUUACUAUUUAUCGCACACAGGAAUUCUACAAAAACACGACAACUUAUAAAAAUCACAUUAAAGUAACUGGGGUGACUACAAAUGAGCCAAAAUUAUGUGUGGCAAAAAGGGGUUAAUUAAUUUUUCAAGUCUCUGUAGUUAUUAGGCUU